CAAUUUCGGGUUCGGUAGAUGCCAAGCGCCGCCUUCAGAUAUUAAGAGACGGCAUCCUAGAUAAGCCCGUACGUGCAGGACAUGCUGCAUGGUUAGAUCAUGUGUCGACAAGCGUAGCACAUAAACUCAUCUCGUCGUUCACUGGUCUUCCUCCGCACGAUGACGUUGUAGCUGUCAUUGGCGCCGCCCCACAUAGUGUGCCUGAACGAAAAGAGUCAUUCGUAAGGGCACGCCGAGAAGGCAACCGCCAUACGACGCACCUGAGGUAGUCCUUCUCUUCCGCAAAAAAAAACUGGUGAGGUCGUGCUGCGUCUUUUAACCUUGACAUUUUUCUACACAAAAAAUAUAGCGAUCCUCUAAGAACAAAAGAGGACGCUUCAAAAGUUAGCAAAGUGAAGUGGUGGCGAUACACAACGUCGAACUGUGUUGGCCUCGUUUGUUUCGCUUGUCGUACUUGAAGUAAAGAAAGGCCCACUUUUACGAUGCUUCCUUCAGUAAACGCGAGAGCAGCCGCUGCAACAGCCUCUGCAAAAGGCAGUCGUUCACGAUCUGGUGUUCAACCAAAGACGUUCCGCGGACGGACUCGACCAAAUUUGCCUUUGUCAUCGAAAUAUAAGACAGAAAUGUGCCACUACUUAGCCGAGCAAGGUCGGUGCCCCUUUGGAGAUCAAUGUACGUACGCACAUUCGAGAAGCGAGGUGCGAUUUAUUGAGAGGCAUCCAAAGCAUAAGACACUUCCCUGUCGCGAUUUCUCAACCGUGGGUUUUUGUCCAUUUGGCGAGCGAUGCAGCUUCAUUCACUACAAACGCGACCCCGAAGAUAUCCUCAAGAGUGCCUAUGCUCUCUGCCAGCAACAAGCUGUUGCAGCAGAACCUUCCUUCAGUACGACUCAUCUAUUGAGGUCGCCGUCGGUGACCCUUACUAAGGUAUCAGCGCAGGACUCGAAGGAGAAUCUUGCUAAUGACGAUACCCAUCAAGUCGAGAGUCAUAGCUGGUCUGCAUCCUGGACUGAAGUAGGAAUGCAUUGUGCAAACGCUUUCCCAUUGUCCAGUGCUGAACCCGUCACUCAGGAGCUACUUCAGGUGCCCAGCGCAACAUUGCUAUCUGUUUCCUGGCCUGGAUCGAUGUCGUCUUCGCCUCAUAGUUCGUCAGGCUUUCCGACAACACCUUCACUGUCGCCACUGUGUUCCCGUUCUGGACAUUCAAUGGGAAGCAUCUCGAGAACUUCUUCCAGCUCGGACCUUUCAGAAAGCGGAGCAUCACUUUGGCCCUCUCAACUUCACUUUGCUCAAGAAAAUUCUGGUCCAGGUCUGGCGCAGUCUCACUCGGAUAUCUUCUGGGAAACCGGUGUUCCUCGAAUCACAUCACGCUGUAGUUCCGGUUACGGACAACGUCUGCCGGUUUUCAGGGACAUCUCAUCGAAGGACGAAGAAGGCCAGUUUAACUUGCAUAGCUCCUCGGUGGACUUCAGUUAACCCCAUGUUUACCAAGCGAGAGCUGGUACUCGGGAAGUGGCAACAGGGUGGUCGAAUUUGCCAAAGAAGAAGUGGCAAAUCAGUGUAAACAUAGAUCGUUUUAUUUAGUGGACAGGUAUAUCUAGGACCGCAGGGCAAUGAUUGCACCUAUAUAUUUCUAGUAACUCCAUCAAUGACACAUAUUGUGAUGUGUUUUUCGUUGUAGCCGGAUGAAAGUGGUGUUAGAAGUGGACGAAUUUCUAGUUUUUAACCCUGAAAAGUGAAUAUGCUUGCCAAGACUGAUUCUACCUAUUUGUGCAACGUCAUCGUGAGGUGACGUGAUAACAAUUUAUGGACGAUGUCAUGAACCAUUGGUCAUGAAUUAACUUCUACGCCUUAUUUAUAACAUAUAUUUACGCCUUUACCUGUCAAUUAUAUUUAUAUUUCUCUCUGUUUGUGUUGAACGUCUUUUUAGGCACGAAGUUUUGAUACAUGUAGAGGUAAAAUUCACGUAUUAAAAAAACGACACUUACUGU